CGGGACACGUCUUUUUUCAAUUGGUACAGUACAAAGUACAGUCUCUCUCGCUCUCUGUCUCUCUCUUUGUCAUUUUCCGUCACGCACACGCAUCUCUCUCUCUUAUAAAUGAUCACUAUCAUAAUUGUCAUACAAUAAUUGUUAAACUACUAUUUAUUACUGCUUACUUUCACUAUCAUAUAUAAUAUAAUAUAGUAUAACAUAAUGUCAGCAAGAGGACCCGAACCGAGACAUACGGGAGGUGAGACCGUGACGCAAACAGAAACUCAUCCUAUACUACGGUUGAGAAAUGCCGAUAAACAGAAUCAAAAGAAGCAAUCUAGUCAAACUAAGCCGGCUGUUAGAUGGAAUGAAGAUGUAGUGGAUAAUGAACAUAUGAAUAAAAAGAAAUCAAAGAUAUGCUGCAUAUUCCACCCACAACGAGAGUUUGGCGAGGACUCUGGUGACUCGUCAAGUGACUCCAGUAGUGAUGAGUCGGGGGAUGAGGGCCGUAGAGAUAACUUUAAUCAUAAUCAUAAUCAUAACCAUAAUCAUGGUGAUCAUGAUCACGACCACGACCAUGAAAAUGUCCAUGAUGGAGAUGAGGAUCAUAUAUGUGAACAUGGACAUGUCCAUAGUAAAAAAAGUCGUAAAUCUGCGAAGGAUAGUAAACCAAAUGCCUACGAAACACAACCACAUUACCCUAAUCAAUCGACUUUACCGCAAGAGUUACAAGGUAGUUCUAACACAUAGAGUAUAUAAACACUAAUUAAUGCAUG